AUGGCGGAAGAAGAAUCCACCACACCAGGAUCGCCUCACUCCUUCAACAACAGGCUCAGAUUCUCCCUCUGUUUCUCCUGCUGCUUCCCUCACACGCGCGUCAGGCCCAAAAUCGUUCGAAGCGCGUCUCUCCACAACAAGCCGCGCACCUCCGAUUUCCCCUUCCCGCACCUCAAGGAAAAGUGCUGCAACUUCAUCAACCGCAUCGGUGCCCGCCGCCACCGCCGCCACUCCGCUGACUUCCAAUACGACGCGCUCAGCUACGCACUCAACUUCGAAGACGACGCCUCCGACGACAGGUCCGUCGAUGAUCUCAAGAGCUUCUCCGCCAGAUUGCCGCCGUCUCCGCCGCCGAAGACCUCACCGUAA